AUAUAUCCUGGCAGAUUGUUCAAACCUACAAGGGUUUAUUUCAUUGGUAAAGAAUUAAAUUCCACUUCUAUUUAAGAAGACCUCUUGGUUCUUCUCUCUUCACUCUUAUACUGAGAGUUGUGAAGAAACCAUCAAUAUAAGCCUAGAAUUGAGAGAGAGAGAGAGAGAGAGAGAGAGAAACAGAGAUUUUCUUUUGCCCAUCAAGAAGUUGCAUUGAGAGAGUGAUAAGAGUAAGCCAUACACUGCAGUUGAAACUCUAAAGCAAAAGCACAGAAUUCUUUUAUCUUUAACAAUGGCCCAAGGUAGGAACGGAGAAAUGGAGAUUGAGGUAAUGCUAAGUGAAACCCUAUUCCUGGAAAAGGAACUGAAAGACAUAGAUGGAUUCAAGAGAGGUACCGAUUAUGUUGAAGUGACCUGCGGUUGCACCAGCAGAAGGUACGGGGAUUCAAUGGCCACACUUAGAGUUUAUGCGAGUGGCAAAUUCCUGAUAAACUGCAAUUGUAUUCCUGGUUGUGAGGCUGAUAGAAUGACACCGUAUGAAUUUGAGAAGCAUGCUGAGAGGGAAGGAACGAGCAGGUGGACCAGCCACAUCUGGGUGCUGAUCAGAGAUAAAAAGGUACCGUUAUGGAGGACACCAUUACUGAAGUAUUACAAGCAUACAGCCAAUGGGGCAAGUGGGUCGAUGAGACGGAACUUUCAUCGUGAUGAGUUCAUCCGUUGCUCGAAAUGCAAGAAAGAUCGCAGGUUUCGCUUGAGGAAUAAGGAGGAAUGCAGGAUGUACCAUGAUGCUUUGCUCAAGAAAAGGUGGACGUGUGAUGACAAGCCCUAUGACAUAAUAACAUGCAAGGACGAAGAAGAGCGAGCCAGCCGCAAGAACUGCAGGGGUUGUCCCCGGUCCUCGUUGUGCAAGGGCUGCACUUCUUGUGUCUGCUUUGGGUGCCUCAAGUGCAGAUUUGUGGACUGCAGCUGCCGAACUUGUGUGGACUUCAUGCAGAACGCAUCACCUAAUUAGAGUAUACAUCUCCCUGCAUGUUUCAGUUGUGUCGUCUAAUUGACAAGUGCACAGAAGAAGAAGAAGAAGAAGAAGAAUAUAUUAAUUUAUGGGUUUCUGGAUAAAAAAAAAAAAAAGAAGCAAAAACUGGGUCUUAUUUAGGUCAAUCUUUACUUCUUCUUUUUUUUUUAUUUCUCAUUGAACAAUGGCACCGCUUGCAUGCAUGAAAAGAAUUAUAAAAGUUGAAUA